AUGACUGACGCCGUUUGUAUCAAUAAUGUCAACUUCAGCUAUGGCUCAAAUAAAAUAUUACGCAACUUUUGUGCCCAUGUCAAGUACUCGCAAAUAUACUCUCUACUCGGUCCGAGUGGCGGAGGCAAAACCACCUUGCUCAAGUUGAUCUUGGGAAGGUUAAAAGUACAGCAGGGGCAAAUCAGUGUACUGGGCAUGCCGCCGGGAGAGGCCAACUCGAACAUUAGCUUUAUGCCACAGGAAAUUGGCUUGUGCUACAACUUUAGUAUCAAUCAGACCUUGCGAUACUUCAAGCUUAUUUACCAGAUAUCAAAUGAGGACUUCUAUACAAGACGCAAAACGCUGACCAAACUGGUCAACUUACCCAAUGGAGACCGGCUGGUUAGUCAGCUGUCCGGCGGUACCCAACGUCGUCUUUCCAUCGCUGUCUCUUUGAUAAACAAUCCUGGUUUGGUCAUUCUGGAUGAACCUACGGUGGGCAUUGAUGCUGUGCUGCGCAAUGAAAUCUGGCACUAUUUGGUGGACAAGUGUCGCCAGGGCAUGACCAUCAUCAUUGUGACGCACUACAUUGAAGAGGCAGCCAACUCGAAUCGCGUUGGUCUCCUCCGAAAUGGCCAUCUACUUGCAGAAGACGAUCCCAAGCGGUUGCUGGCCCUCUACCAGGAGCCUAACCUGGAGGCGGUCUUCCUAAAGCUGUGCUGCUUUGAAGACAAAAGCAUUACAAGCGGGAAAAGGUACACAAAUCAGCCAGCAAACUACAACCAACAAAAUGGAAACGGCAAUGGCUACUUCGAUUCAGCAACAUAUCCCGCCAAACCACCGGGCCACAAAGACCCCAACAACAAUGAGAUGUUUGUGGUGACCAGUGCUGACACCGGUGGCAAUGACCGGAACGACAGCAUCAGCUCAAGCAGCACCUCCUCCUUUGGCACACGCCUGUGGGCUGUCAAGUUUUGGAUUCUGGUCUCACUCGUCUACCGCAAUUUGGCUAAAUUUUUCUACUCCUACUUUUCCAUCAUCAUCAUACUUUUGCCUGCAACGCAAGCGCUCAUCUACUGUCUAGCCGUCAGCAAAGAUACAGUUCAUUUAAAAGCAGCAGUGUUCAAUCAGGAGCUUGAACCAGGUUACGGAAAUGAGUUCAUCAGACAGUUAAAGCAAGUGAGAGACUAUGCCAUCCAGCCAACGAUGCACAGCUCAUGGGAAAGUGCCCUCAAGGCGGUGCACAAUCGGUCGGCUUUGGGCGCCAUUUGGAUACCAAAUAACUACACCGAGUCAUUUGAUAUUCGCAUUGAAGACGCCUUCAACGCCGACAAUGCCACAGUGGACAACUCUACCAUUCGCCUCUACAUGGACAACUCGAUGUACGUUCAGAGUCUGGAGUUUGUGCACACUCUUCUCGAAUCGUUUACGGACUUCUCAAAGACAGUCUUCAAGGAGAAGGACAUGCAGGCAAUUGAGUUUCCCGUAGAGCUGGAGAUGACUGAGCUGUCAAAGGACUUUCGGUUUCGAGACUACUACAUGCCAGGCUACUUUCUGCUCUUUAUGUACAUUGCUCAGAUUACCGUCGCCUCGUUGACGUUGACACAGGAACGGAAGGAUGGCCUCUUUGAGCGAUCUCUGGUCGCCGGCGUCUCCCAUGAGCUGAUCUUCAUUUCUCACAUAGUCACCAGCUGCAUUAUCUCCAUUGUACAGAUUGUUCUUCUCGACUUGACGGCUUUUGGCAUGUUUACUAAUCCAAACAAUGGCAGCUACUGGCUACAUUUUGUCUUCUUUCUCUUGCAAAGUCUCAAUGCAAUGUAG